CCCUUUCCUUCUUUUUAUUAUCUUAAAGUAGCGGUGGCGAGUAGCGAGUCUAGUGACACCAGAGAAGGUAGAGAAACUGUAUUUUAUUCUCAAUUUUGCUUUCGGGUAGACAAGGAAGAGGAGAAAUGGAAAUCUCUGGGAAAUCAAAGCCACAGCCAGUGAACAUGAAGGUGGUGAAACCAAUUGAAGCAACGCCAGAGAGCUUUAAAGAGUAUGGUCAAGUAAUAGAGGCAUGGCCUGAUGGUGAGGAGUUUGAUCCCAAAGAUGCCCAGCUAAACCUUAGCCAAGGAAUUCCAAGGUUUUACAUUAUGAAGCUGGAAAAAAGGUCACUGAAGUUUUCAAAGAUAACGCACCAUGCUAAAGUGACUCAAUGCCUUGGGUCAAUUGGAGGUGGGGUCUGGUAUCUAGGAGUGGCUAAGCCAUCGAUUGUGGAAACGAAAGAAAAUGCAGGGAGUGAUGCUAUGCAGUCAAAAUGCGGUCAUUUUUAUGUGCCUCCUGCUGUUGAUAAAGUCCAGGUUUUCAGAAUCUCUGGGUCCAAGUUUAUUAAGCUUAAUAUUGGAACUUGGCAUGCGGGGCCAUUGUUUAAGCCAGAGACAAUGGACUUCUACAACUUGGAAUUGAGCGACACCAAUGUGGUGGAUCACACAACACACAACUUAAAGCAGCAAGAUGGGAUUGUUUUUGUAAUAGAUGACUGAUGUAUAGGGCGGAAGAACUUAGGGAAUUAAGCAGGAAACACGUCUCUGUUGUUGCAAUAAAUAUGCAUUCCUAAAUUUCUGGAAAAAAAAAGGCAAGGAAGGCAUUUCUAUCUAA